GUGCUAGGUAGUUUAUGCUUUUUAAGUAUAAGAGCUUAAUUAUUGCUUCGGAGAUUCUACAGAGAAUACCACUUGAUGUUGCUGGAUCACUGUAACAGCGCGCAGUUUUUACUUAGCCAAGUCAAUAUGCAUGUCUACCCUGCAGUCGAUGACUUUUUCUAGAGGAUAUUUUCUGGGGGGUAUGAGAAAAUCUGAUCCAAGCUAAAACCAUUUUCUAGAUGGAUCAAAACUAUUGUUAUUGUUUUAGUAAAAAUUUUGAAGGAGUCUGCGGGCCAAUUAAAUUCGUUCCUUUAAGGAAUGGGCUCAAAUUCAGAACAUUGUACAGAGGCGAUGAACCAGGCGUCUGGAUCAGGUGAUGGAGGCAGUUUUGAUUGCAAUAUAUGCUUAGAAUUAGCCCAAGACCCUGUGGUUACUCUGUGUGGGCAUCUCUUCUGUUGGCCCUGUCUGUAUAGAUGGCUACAAGAGCCCUCAAUAUCCAAAGAAUGCCCUGUUUGCAAGGCCACUGUAGUGGAAGAUAAGGUGAUUCCCUUGUAUGGAAGGGGCAAAGUGGGAUCUGCUGAUCCAAGGACAAAGUCGGUACCUGGUUUGAGUAUCCCCGAUAGGCCCUCUGGACAGAGGCCUGAUACAGUUAGGACUGGUACAGACCACCAUUACCAAUCCCAUGGCUUCAAUUUUAUGGCAGGGCCAGGUCAUAUGCCUGUUGGGUCCUUCGGAAACGUAACAUUUUCAGCGGGGUUUGGGCUGUUUCCUUCCCUUUUUGGAUUCCAAAUGCAUGGUUUUGCCGAUGCACCUUAUGGCAGUGCAGGUAUGCCCAAUGGGUUUCAUCAUGGAGGUCCGCAGUAUCCAAUAAGACGACAUCGGCGGCAGGAGGCCUUCCUGUCAAGGCUGUUCGUAUUCUUGCUUUGUUGUUUAGUUGCCUGUCUUCUGUUUCUCUGAGCUGAUUUUUUCCAGCCCGUUAUUUACUCAGCAAGUUUUAAAUAGGAGAUUUUGGGCUUCGUUGGGGGUAUUGAAACAAAUCUGCAUUUUGUCUUAAGUUGGAAAACUACACUUAUGGUACAGUGCAUCUAAUGUAAUUGCUAUUUUGUAUUUAAUGUAAAUAAAUGCUUGGAUGAA